UGAAGCGCUCAAUAUCAAGCUCACUAACAGCAAAGCUCUCUACUAUUAUAUAUAUAUUGGUUUGGUUUAGUUUAGUUAAUUAUUGGAUUAAACUAUUUUCAGACACACUUUCUCUCUCUAUAACCAGAGACGUACAAACAACUAGAUUUAAAUCACAAUCUAGAGAGAGAAACAACGAACAACUGAGAAAGAAAGCUCUCCCUUUCCUCUCUCUUCUCUUUCUCUCUCUCUAUCUAAGCUCAUUCAGUUUACACUGUUUCUCUCUCUCUCUCUAGCCGUGUGAUUGGAUUUUGGAACCCUAGCAUUUCGGAUCCCGAGGCGCAUUUGGAUGUGAGAGAGUGUGAAUCGCUCAGAUCGGCGAUGGCGGAGUAUUCCGGGGAGGUAGGAGGAGGAGGAGCGGCGGAGACGAGCGGCAAUGGCGCGUCGCCUGCGCCACUGUCGGUGUCCGGUUCGUUCAAGGAAGGGAAGAGCUCGUCGCGGAGGCGGGGCUCCGUUAGGCCGAGCCUCGACGCCGACGAGUUCCUUAACCUAUUGCACGGCUCGGAUCCGGUCAAGGUCGAGCUCAAUCGGCUGGAGAAUGAAGUCAGAGAUAAGGAUCGAGAGUUGGGAGAAGCUCAGGCGGAGAUCAAGGCUCUCAGGUUAUCCGAAAGGCUCAGGGAAAAGGCCGUUGAAGAGCUUACUGAAGAACUGUCUAAGGUGGAGGAGAAGCUGAAGUUAACAGAAUCGCUUCUAGAAAGCAAAAAUCUUGAAAUAAAGAAAAUCAAUGAUGAGAAGAAGGCUUCUAUGGCAGCUCAGUUUGCCGCUGAAGCUACUCUUCGAAGGGUUCAUGCUGCUCAGAAGGAUGAUGAUAUGCCUCCAAUAGAAGCCAUUCUUGCACCUCUGGAGGCUGAGCUCAAGCUUGCUCGGCAAGAGAUUGCUAAGCUUCAAGAUGAUAAUAAAGCCCUUGAUCGACUCACCAAAUCAAAAGAAGCAGCCUUACUUGAAGCUGAGAGGACCGUUCAGGUUGCCUUGGCCAAGGCAUCUAUGGUGGAUGAUCUCCAGAAUAAAAACCAAGAGUUGAUGAAACAAAUAGAAAUUUGUCAGGAAGAAAAUAAAAUUUUAGACAAAAUGCAUAGACAAAAAGUUGCGGAAGUUGAAAAGCUUACUCAGACUGUAAGAGAAUUGGAAGAAGCUGUUCUUGCUGGUGGUGCAGCAGCAAAUGCUGUGAGAGAUUAUCAGCGGAAAGUACAGGAGAUGAAUGAGGAAAGGAAAACUCUUGACAGAGAGCUUGCUCGUGCAAAGGUAACAGCAAAUAGAGUAGCUGUAGUGGUAGCAAAUGAAUGGAAGGAUGCAAAUGACAAAGUGAUGCCUGUAAAACAAUGGCUUGAAGAACGUAGAUUUUUGCAAGGAGAAAUGCAGCAACUUCGGGACAAGCUUGCUAUAGCUGAACGAGCUGCCAAGUCUGAAGCUCAGUUGAAAGAUAAGUUUCAUUUGCGACUCAAAGUGCUUGAGGAGAGUUUGCGAGGGACUUCUAACAGUAGCAAAGGCAGUACAGUAGAGGGAAGAAGUAUGAGUAAUGGGCCUUCUCGUCGUCAGUCCCUUGGUGGAGCUGAUAAUAUUUCAAAAUUGACUUCAAAUGGCUUUUUAUCCAAGAGAACACCGCCUUUGAGAUCCGUAUCAUCUAGCACUAGUUCAGUGCUGAAGCACGCUAAAGGCACAUCAAAAUCAUUUGAUGGUGGUACAAGAUCAUUGGACCGGGGUAAGGUACUUCUAAAUGGUUCAGGCAACUUCUCCUUCAACCAGUCGAUUGAUGUUACAAAGGACACUGAGGCACCUAAUAACUGGAAAGGAACUUCAGAUGAUAAGCCUACAGAAUUCCCAGCAGUAGAUACCGAGGAUAGUGUCCCGGGCGUUUUAUAUGACUUGCUGCAGAAAGAGGUCAUAGCUUUGAGGAAAGCUGGUCAUGAAAAAGAUCAAAGCCUGAAGGAUAAGGAUGAUGCUAUUGAGAUGUUAGCCAAGAAGGUAGAUACACUGACUAAAGCAAUGGAAGUCGAGGCGAAGAAAAUGAGAAGGGAAGUUGCUGCCAUGGAGAAGGAGGUAGCUGCCAUGCGUGUUGAGAAAGAACACGAGAAUAGAGCAAAGAGAUUUGGUAGUGCUACUAAAGGUUCUGUCAACAGUACUCUGCUUGCUGGAAGAAGUAUGGGAAGAGGUGGAUUAACACGUAGCACCCAAUGACAAGGAGUCCGACAGGCAGCCGCGAUAAGGAGUAAACCCGAAUAGGCCUCGUUUUGCAUUCGAUUUCCAUUUCUUUACCUCUCCUUUUUUGUUUCUUCUUAUUAUUGAUUAUAAGAUUGUAGCUAGCAUGCCGAUGAUCCUGUAUUCAACUUAGACCUGAAAAGAAAAAUCCUAAAAAGAGAGCCGCAUCAAGCAAGAAAGUCGGUGUGCUUCUGACUUAGAAUGUUAUUUUCCCCCCUGCUGCUUAGGGAGAGAAGCAGAAAAAAGGAAAAAGAGGAAGGUGAUUGACUUUGGGCUAACCUUAUGUCAGGUUUCUUGAGUGAACAAUAUGGUUGUGUGAUUGUAUAGGUAGCUUAUUGGCUUUUUUUCACAUGUUCUCCCUUCUUUUUUUCUUUGGCAGUUUAUAUUUGUAAUUGCAGUUAGUGUGAUUUGUCCGUGGAUCAGGGUUUGUUAAUAUUCUUGUAAUCAGAUCGGGAUAAGAUCGUUUAUGGUUGUGUUAACUCAUUUAGCCUUAUCUUGUUUAUAAGUCCGUACCAGCAUAAUACCCACAA